GGCUUUGCGUUUCUUAUUUAACCUUUUCCCUUCCCCCUCACUCUUAAUCUAAUCUGAUAGAAAUCUUUAUCAAUUUAGUCUUGUGUUAAUUAGUAAGAUAAGACCGGUUGCUGAGUCACCUCUUUGAGUUUUCUUCUCUUUAUUAUUUUAAAAUUUCUCUUUCUUUUUUAUUAAUUUUCCAGGUGAUUAGAGUUUGAGCUCAAUUUUCAUGCUAUAGUUUGCUGUCAAGUUAAAGUCGAUAGGCAGAUAAUGGGGUCUGAAGGGCCACCAGCAGUGACUAUUCAUGUGACAGGGUUUAAGAAGUUUCAUGGAGUUUCUGAGAAUCCUACUGAGACAAUUGUUAGUAAUUUGAAAGAAUAUAUGAAGAAGAAAGGUAUGCCGAAAGGCUGUAUUCUCGGUAGUUGCAAUGUUCUUGAGACUGCAGGACAGGGAGCACUUGCUCCAUUAUAUCAGAUAUUGCAAUCUGCCAUCAGUGAGGAGGGUACAGACCCAUCAAAUUCCGGAAGAAUUAUCUGGCUUCACUUUGGAGUCAACAGUGGUGCAACAAGAUUCGCAAUUGAGCAACAAGCUUUUAAUGAAGCUACUUUCCGAUGUCCUGAUGAGAUGGGAUGGAAACCCCAGAAAGUACCCAUUGUUCCCUCAGACGGUGAAAUAACACGAGUGCGAGAGACUACUUUACCCGUUGAGGAGAUGACAAAGACCUUGGCAAAGAAGGGUUAUCAGGUGAUUUCUUCCGAUGAUGCAGGCCGAUUUGUAUGCAAUUACGUUUAUUACCAUUCCCUUCGGUUUGCAGAGCAGAAUGGUACAAAAUCGCUCUUUGUUCAUGUGCCGCUCUUCUUAACCAUUGACGAAGAGACCCAAAUGCAGUUUGCAGCUUCCUUGUUGGAGGUACUUGCUUCUCUCUAUUAGUGGAACUUCUUGUCACCCACCCACAUCUGAAUGUCCAGGAACUCUUUUGGUUUGUGUAUUGAAACAGGCCAUGUGUUUAAAGGAGGGUUGAUGAGUGUUAUUGAAAUGUUUUAAUAAACAGAGAUCAGUGGUUUGUGAAUGAAAUGAAUUGUAUUUGUGGCA